CACCUUCUGCAUUCCGCCCAGCUUCUUGCCUCGCAGCACAAAACCAACAUCACCCUUAAAAUCAACAACAGAGACACAAAUAUUCCCACACUCUACCGCACGAAUCCAUCGCCAUGUCGACCGGCAUUCCCAACCUCAGCAACCUCAAGCCUUCGCACUCAUCCUCGUCCUCAUCCUCGUCUGCGAGCGCACAGAAGUCGCCGUCCUCCAUGAAGGGCCGCGCAAAGUAUGCAAAAGGCGUGAUCGACCUGAUGCAUGUGCUCCCGGCGGCACUGCAGGAGGUGAUUGGCAGGAAGAGCGCAGGCGCGGUUAACAAGGCCAACGGUGUGGCCGAGAUGCAGGCCACGAAGGAGCCGGGCGAUCGUGGGAUGGAAAGAAGGUGA